AUGCUGGGGAUUGAGCAGCUCGCGCGGAUCGAUUCCCGUCUGCGACAGGCCUUUCCACAGCGUAGCCUCGAGUUCUUUGGUGGUGUGAGCGUCUUGCUUGUGGGCGAUUUCUUCCAGUUACCACCAGUCCGGCAAAAGCCCCUGUAUUCGACUAGCACCAGCCUGUCUUCGUUGGAAAGGAGAGGGCAGGUGGCCUACCGGUUAUUUGACCGCACCGUCUUCCUGACCACGGUACAGCGCCAGGCUGGUGAUGAUCAGGCUCAGUUCCGUCGGGCGUUGCAGGAACUGCGUGAAUCCAGGCUAACGCAGAGCGAGGUUGACAGCUUCAGGGCCGCUUUGCGGGUGUAUUCUACCAGGGCCCGGGUGGAGGCAAAGAAUCAGGGCAAGGGCGCGGGGCGGGCACCAAGCGACAAUGCUGGCAAUCUAUCUAACAAGUUCCCUGUUGCUAAGGGCGCCAGGUUACUGAUCUCGCUACGCGACUUCCAGGCCGGUAUUAGCUAUGUUGCUGUGUCACGGGUUACGUCGCUGCAAGGCUUACUCCUUGAGGCGCCUUUCGAUCGUCAGAGCCUCUAUAACCACACGCCGACAGAAGGGAUGAAGAUGCGCCUCGCUGACCAACAACGGCGUCAGGGUCAACAGCUGAGCGAUGCACCGUAUCCACCACUCUACCUUGACUAA